UCUUUCUUGUUACUUGUAACAUUACCUCCCCUCUUAGGGCUAUCGUCUCGAUACUCUGGAAUAUUGUUUUCCCGUGCCGCGUGUUGAGACGCCGGCUGCAUAUAAGAGGAACGAAAUGACCUUUCGUUAUAAACGUUAUGAAGAGAAGGGCCUUCGUUGUUUCGUGGACACUGCUACGGGGCGUUAUGCCAGUUGUAUUUCUGUGAAAGCUAAAUAUAGCUUAUUCGUGACUAAGAAGGAGUGGGAAAAGGCUGAUUCCUUCGAUCCUUCUUUUAAUUACUCCUUCCUUUUUAAGGGGCUUCCCCUCGCUUCUCUGGGUGCCUCCGGUGGUAUUUACGUACUAGUGACUUGCAGUUCGUUAAGUUUCCUUUAGGUUCCUAAGUGUUAUGGCUUUCGGGCCAUCCUUGCUACUUGACUAAGUACUUCUACUAACUAUCGAUUUUUCGUAGGUUCUUGAUUUCCUCGACCUCGUACUUAUCGUCUUUGAGCUCUAUGUCCGUUGCUAGCUCGGUAUCUGGAGGUGCUGGUUCUAGGAGUUUCUUGUGAAAGACAGGGUGGAUUCGCAUGCCUUAUGGGAGUUUUAACUUAUAGUUUACUUUUCCUAUUUCCUCUAGGAUUUUAAAUGGUCCUAUUCGGAGGUUGUCUAAUUUUCUGUAUAGUCGU